AUGGACGCAGAUGGCUUGAAGAGACGUGUGCCUGAAGAUGUGAAGACAUCGGCCACAACCGUUGCAGACCAUGCCACGUCUGCGCCGCAACCACACCCUGCUGGCGAAGUCAAGCAUGGAGUCGGCAUGGAGAUAUUGCGUGUGCUACUCUUCACGUCUUGGUUUCUUUGCGUCGGUACAAGCAUCACCGUCACACAGCUUAUCGGCUCGCCGCUGUAUUACGUCAAUAGAGAUUAUUAUUAUGCCUACAUGGCUUUGACCAAGCAGUCAUUCGGGAUCCUGAUUACCACGAUAACUCAGUGGUUCAGUCCGACCGUCAUCCGAGUCAGUUGGGACCAGAGUGUGAGAGGACAGCUGCACAAGACACCCGACGGUAGACUCGAGACCAGCUUUCCCGAGCGUAUGAUCCUCUUGUCCAACCACCAGAUUUAUACCGACUGGCUGUAUUUGUGGUGGGCUGCAUACACCGGCAGGAUGCAUGGACAUAUCUUUAUCAUGCUCAAGGAGUCCCUCAAGUACGUCCCUAUCAUCAGCCCUGGAAUAUUGUUCUAUGGUUUCAUAUUCAUGGCGCGCAAAUGGACAUCGGACCAGGGCCGCAUUGCCUACCGUCUGCAGAAGCUGAAAUCUCGUCAUGGAGGUCCUUUGUCCGGGUCCGCCGGCCUCGAUCCGAUGUGGUUGCUCAUCUUCCCUGAGGGCACUAAUCUGUCGUCCAAUACACGAAAGGCUAGUGUCAAAUGGGCCAAGAAGCAGCAGAUACCGGAUUUGAAACAUCAGCUCCUGCCUCGCAGUACUGGCCUCCAGUUUUGUCUUGAACAGCUCGGUGAUUCGAUCGAGUGGGUAUACGACUGUACAUUGGCAUAUGAAGGCGUGCCGAAAGGCGAGUAUGCCCCAGAUUACUUCACGCUGCGCUCGAUUUAUUUCCAAGGACGACCGCCCAAGUCAGUCAACAUGCAUUGGAGGCGCUUUGCCGUUUCAAGCAUUCCCGUCAAGGAUGCCGACGGAUUUUCGGAAUGGCUGCUUGCACGCUGGAAGGAGAAGGACGAAUUGCUUGAAACGUUCUACAAUACGGGCAGAUUCCCCGUCGAUGCGGUGCAGGAUGGCGCCAAAGACGGUGGCUACAUCGAGACAGAGGUCAGAUUGCAGCGUUGGGUCGAGAUUGGACAGAUCUUUGUGGUGCUCGCCGCCCUGGCUCUGGUAUCCAACGUGUUGACCAAGCUUUACGAAAUGCUAUUCUCUAGAUGA